AUGUCUCUGAAGUACUGGAGAAGAAGAAUGAGGCUCUUGAGUUCCAAAGAUUUCAAGGAUCAUGAUGUUGAUCCAACUUUGCCACCCUUUGAUAUGUUAUUACGGGUUGCUGAGGUUGCUGCUCGCAUACAUGACCAAGAAAAAAAAGGCAAAAAGCAGAAGAAGUCUAACAAGAAGGAAGACAAACCUAAUAUGAGAUCGAAGAGGUCGAAGCUGGACAUGCCAACCCUUCCAAACCUACCGCCGGACUUGCCUGAGGAAUUCAAGAAUCGUAUUGAGGCAAUGGGUGGAACGCAAGUGAUUUUGGUCAUACAAAAAGCCCUCUAUGACACGGACCUAAAGACAAACAACAGCCGCUUAUCCAUGCCUUUGAGACAGAUCAAUGGAGAUUUCCUUAGAGAGAACGAGCGACAAUCUCUGGCACAACAAAAUGAAAUGAAAGUGCGAUUCAUUGAACCCUCCUGUAAGGUAAAAAAUAUGAUUUUGAGGCAGUGGGACAUGCCCAAAGAGUCGGGGAAGACAUGCUCAACAUACGUGCUGAGGACUUACUGGAACAAGGUUUCCCAAGAGAAUGGACUCCGGCCCAAGGAUGUGGUCCAAGUUUGGUCUUUCCGGAUUGGCCGUGAACAAAAUCUCUGCCUGGCUUUUGUUGUGGUCAAUAGAUGUGGUGCAACGAUCGAGGGAGGAAAUAGCAGCCAAUUAGGAAGAGAUGGAGACGUACUAGGAGUGUAG